AUGUCAACAACGACGGUGAAGGCAUCCGUUCUCCACGGAAUAAGAGACUUGCGAGUGGAGUGGCGAGAGAUUCCUCCCCCCGGACCGUCUGAAUUGCAGGUCUCGGUGCGAAGCACCGGUAUCUGUGGCUCAGACCAGCACUAUUACAACCACUACCGCAAUGGAGAUAUCCUGAUUCGCGAGCCGAUGUCACUCGGCCACGAGUCCUCGGGUAUGGUUGAAGCCGUGGGAUCGGACGUUCCCGAGGGCAGUUUCAAAGUGGGCGACCGUGUUGCACUAGAAGUUGGCCUCGCAUGUGGAACCUGCGAGCUCUGUACGGAGGGCCGGUAUAACAUCUGCCGUUCGAUGAGUUUCCGCAGCUCAGCCAAGUCAUUUCCACACUUCCAGGGAACCUUGCAGCAGCGAAUCAACCAUCCAGCACAGUGGUGUCAUCGCUUACCUGAAAGCGUCUCCCUGACCGAGGGCGCUCUUCUCGAACCUCUCAGUGUUGCUAUUCAUGGGGUGCGCCGAUCCCAACUCUCCGGGACAAAAACAGCACUGGUGCUCGGUGCUGGGGCUGUGGGGCUGUUGACGUCCGCAAUGCUGCGGGUCGAAGGAGCCAGCAAGAUCGUGAUCGCAGACAUAGAUCCGCAACGCGUCGAUUUUGCCACUCAGAACGAGUUCGCUGAUGUUGGAUUUGCGGUCCCUUUGAAGCAGGGUGCAACCAUUGAAGCGAAACUGGCCAUUGCGCAGGAAACGGCUAAGUUGGCUACGACCGCCGCCGGUCUGUGCGGUUUUGACGCCGUCUUCGAGUGCACCGGCGUCGAGACUUGUGUUCAAACUGCGAUAUAUGUGCGUCUCACCUCAUCUUCUGUCCAGGUUCUCAUACCUAUCCAGAAGGUCACUGACCUUGCUGUAAACAGGCCUCUCGCCCCGGAGGCAGAGUGA